AUGCUUGUGCUGGCUUUCCUAGCUUCUUUGUUGGCAGCAGUUUUCAACCAGGCAGCCCUCGCGCAGUCGCUGCCUCCGCCAGAACGCAUGUUGACGCAGCCUAGGAACUGCUCGGGAUGGCCUGAACCACGAUUUUGGAUCGAGGCACAGCAAUGGUGGACGGACGCAGGCUUGAAUGUGUCAUCGGACAGCCGGCAUUUUCAUCUUGGCGCAUGCAUGCCCUACAACCAAACCCUCAGCGGAUUCGUCGUAUUCGACAUCCUCGCCCAGCUUCAUUACAACCCAGAUUACCUCAUGCGUGAGAUUUACUUCCUGGCUCCUCUUCCUAGCAAUUCGACCGGCAUCGUGACUGACACCACCAACCACCGUAUCGGCAGCACCGGCAUCAUCGACUGGUCCUGUCCCGAGGCCAACGUCACCUGCAUGCGGGUCUUCCGCAUCACAGUGGACACCCGCCUGGUGCCCCAGGACUGUGUGGCGCCACUCAGACUGCGGGCAGAUACGGCUCUGCUGCCCGGCAUCGUUCCCGACCUGUCGCUGGGUCGCGGCUAUCAGCAAGUACCCGAGCUGAGCUUCAUGGCGCAGGUUCGUUACAGCAACGGCAAGCCCGCCUGCCCCACCCGCGUCGCCCCCGACUUCCUCCCCGAGAUCCCCACCAUAGGUGCGGGCUUCAACGACUUCCCCUGGAGCUACAGCCGCAUGACGGUGUUUAAGGACGCCCUCCCCACCUCACCCCUCUCUGGCAACUGGACCAUCCGCCAGCUUAUGUCCUUCGACCAACGCAUCUACAACCGAGUCCGUCCCGUCGUGGCACCGGUGACCAGGUCCUUUGUGCAUCACCUGCUGCGGCGUGGGUGCAUGGUGACUGUGGAUCCAAGGUUCCACAUUCUGGAUCCAGCCACUAACAUGCGGAUUCCUUCUCUAGGCAGCAUCCAGCUGGACGUGAAUGACAUGGUAUACCAAAACCUGGUGAUCGACACCACGAAGCUCACAGAUGGCGUUCAUGUCUUCUUCUUCCGCACCGACUCGUUCAUUGAGCCGGGUACCACCUUCCCUGACAUCAUCCCCUGGCUGCCAGGAGUACGACACACGUUCAGCGACGGCAAGCCGCACCCGGGCGGUACGGCCUCCGCGGUACUGUCGUUCGCAUUCACAGUCAACAACACCCAGCUCGCUGCGAGGCCCGCCAAGAUGGGCUAAACAACCGGGUCCAAGGACCCAGAGCUGACGAGCUGCUCCCGGGAGGGGGGGGAGCUGAAGGAUGGCGGCGAGGGCCGCGAAACACACAGGUUCCUGUCAGCUCACUCGACCCCGCGCGACCCCCCAGGCACUCGGAGUGUCUGGAGCACUUUGUCGUCGAGCUGCACGGCAUCGGUGUUGAUAUUGGUGUUGAUAUUGGUGGCAGGAACCGCGGUUGCGCCGGCUUGGGUUUUGCUCUCACGUCAGGGAAACCCGCACGGCGCACCGCAUUUUUUCGGUUGUAGCUGGCCGGGAGGCAAUGCGGUCGCGCUUUUGCCGUGUGCUGUGUGCGGGGGAGCGAAUAUGUGUUGGAAUGAGCGGUGAGGGAGCUCAGCUCAACCAUGGUUGGGCUGAGGGGUUGGCGGAUGUAGCAAAUGGAAAAGAGAGUUGCGUCGGAUUUUGGAGUGGAGUGUCGACGGGUUGGCGGGUUUCUCGGAGUGGCACCCCGUGACGGAGGUACCCUCGGUAAUGCCCUGGGUGAGUUCGUGAGAGCUUUUCGCUGCCGUCUGAUUCACAUGCUUGGUUGUUGUUGGUGGUGGUUCGCCCAUCAGCGCGACCCGACUCUUCUUUUAUUUUUCUCUUUUUCAGCACGGGUAGCACAUCAUCAUCAGCAGCAGCAGGAGGAGGAGGAGGAAGAAAAAGGUGAUCUAUUGGCUGUUGGUCUGUAAUGGCUCUUGGAUGACCACCUGGCUCAACGCACCUGCUGGUGGUCAGGUGGUGGGGUGCGAGGUGGUCAGGUCUUGUUGCGUCAUGCGUGCGUGUGUGUGUGCGUGGAGGUUUCCCUACUCAUGUGCCGUUAGCCUUAAUGCGCGCGUGCGUGCAUCCAGCGCCGCUAUGCGUGCGGUCACGCAAACGGGACGUCCCUCUGUAGAUAUGGCCGUGCAGCGAUGGUACGGCAUGCUGCAAGGAUUUGGAAUUGUGCGGUACACAUGGUUAGAACUGCCAUAGGGGCCCCCUUACGCUUAUUCAUUUGUAUGGAGUAUGGCGAGGAAAACGCUGUUGCGAAAUGUGAACUGUUUUAGGGCCGGCAUGCUGUAUUCUUCUGGUUGCAGCGAAGGAUGCACUUCUGCACUAGUGGAUAUAAAAACCCUAAGGUUGCCAUGAAAGGCGAAGGUGGGUUAUUUAUGCCGGACAGUACGGCGUGGACGAAUCGUACGGCGUUUUAGGCUGAUGGAGAGAGUCUCCGGCCCCGGAUGAUGUUUUGCUGCAGGGCCGACUUUGUUGCUGUUAACAGUGAGGUAUGUGAGAUAUGAUUCACACCAGACGAUGAUAAUUCGGGCCGUAUCGGAAUCACGGGCCUCAUGUUUUUUUAUCCUCCCAACUUCUUCAUCCUGCUCUUCAUCCUCCUCUUCACCUUCAACAAAGCUGCUCUUCUUUCUACUGUGUGGCGGGAAGGCGGUGGGGCCAAGGUCCAGGGUGCCUCGAAGUGCGGGCGCGCUCUCAUGUGCGUGUGACCGUGUCUUGACACCCCCGUCGAGUUAUUAGACACGUGCGCCCAGCAGCGCGAGGAGAGCGUGUAAGUAACUUAGUGCACUACUCCUGAGGGGCUAUGCCAACAAGGUGAAGCGCCUUAGGGCCCCGUGGA